AAGUGUCGGGGGUAUCUAGAAGAACAGAAGGACCUCUACCAGCCAGUUGAAGAUGGAGAAUGAGCGGACGCUCCACUCAUUGGAUCCCGUGUAUGAAGAACUAAGCGCCGUGGGACCCGAUGAACUCAACAAGCCACAAACGGACCGUGUUAAUGAUACGCAAGACGAGCCGUCGGAGGUAGACCGCGCGUCCGGCCGUAUCAAGGAAGAACACGAUUCGGAAUAUCUCUCCGUUCGUAUUAAGGAGGAAUUGGAUUCGUACGAAGAAGAAGAAGAAGAUAUGGCGGAAGGUAAUAUUUAUCCAGGCCAGGAGAACGCGCUGGCAGAAGGUAUGGCCGUCCGUGUUAAGGAGGAGCCUGAGUCUUGCGGUGAGGGAAACGCCACGGACACCGACACGGAGAUAGAAUACACGUCUUUCGUUAUAAAGGAGGAAUCCUUCUCGUGCGACGAGGGAAGCGUCACGGACACGGACACUGGCACUCUCGCGGAACCCACGCGGUCGGAAUGUUCCUCCGCCGAUUGUAAGGAGGAACGAGGCACGAAAGACUCGGACGUUAGCAGGUCGGCGGAAAACUCGCAGGAAAGCGGUUCCGCUCGGACGAAAGACGGCGAGAGCGCAAGCGACGUCGCGAGAAUGGAGAGCACGCCGUCGGCCACGGCCUUCAGCCCGUGCGGGGGAAGCCAGAUCAUUGGCUUCAUCGUCUACCAGCAAUCGAGCUGUAGAGAGAGGAUGGUCACCUGCCCCGAGUGUCAGAAAUUCUUCAGCAACAAGUCGGAUCUCCUCAAACACCAGGCCGUCCACAAGGACAAGAAGCUGACGUGUACCGUGUGCGGCAAAACGUUCUCCUUCAAGGCCGACCUCAUCGCCCACAAGCGCAUUCACACGGGCGAGAAGCCCUUCGGCUGCUCCGACUGCGGCAAGUGCUUCACCCAGAAGUCCCAGCUGGUCCAGCAUCGGAUGAUCCACACGGGGGAGAAGCCCUUCUCGUGCCCCGACUGCGGCAAGUGCUUCGCCCGCAGCUCGCACCUCAUCACGCACCAGCGGACGCACACGGGGGAGAAGCCCUUCUCCUGCUCCGAGUGCGGGAAGUGUUACAGUCAGAACUCGCAGCUGCUCCAGCAUCAGAGGAUACACACGGGCGAGAGCCCUUACUCGUGCUCCGAGUGCGGGAAAUCGUUCACGAGGAGAGCCAUCCUCCUGGAGCACCAGCGGACGCACACGGGGGAGAAGCCCUUCUCGUGCGAGGAGUGCGGCGAGUGCUUCACCCGGAAGUCCAGCCUCCUCAAGCACGAGAAGACCCACAAGACGGGAAAGACGUUCGUGUGCGCGGAAUGCGGGAAAUCGUUCAUUCGCCACAUACACCUCGCCAGGCAUCAGCGCACGCACGCUCGCGAGAAGCUGAAGUCGCUGGAGGCGGGGGCGCGGCGUCCCGCAAUGUACGCGGGGGAUGCAGCCUACUUUGUAAUCCGUGUCGGGGCCGGCGCUGCCACCCUGCGCCUGGCGCACACGGGGGCCCGCGGCCCGACGACAACAAUCCCGUGUGCACGCCCUCCGAUGACCUUGAAGUAUUUACCUCCGUGGGACUUCCUACUUUAUAUGGGGAGGAUUCCUCCUUCACUUGAGGAAGAGUACUUUCUCCGUGUGCGUGUUUUGCAGCGGGAUACCGGGAUACGUGAGAUUUCUUUCUUCGCUCGCACAUUCCUCUCGAACAUCCCGCGAGUUAUUCCCACCAUCGAGAUUGCCGGCUGUAUUGACAGUUCCGAGAUCUUGAGAAGGCACGUGGGGGUAGCUUCCUUCGGGGUCGUUGCUGGCGUUGGAUGCAUCUGUUUGAAAGAAAUAGUGGACAGCACAGCUUUUACUUUACGCGAAACUACAAAUCAACGUUACAGCAGCAGGAUGAUCUUGCUGGUCAGGUCCAGGAUCUUCUGCUCGCUGCCUCUCUCACCUGAGCCGCUGCAGAACUCUUCCUUCACGCUGGGACUCCUGCGAAUGAACAAGGACAAGAAUCAGACGUCGGAGAGGAUCUUGAGUCUUACGCUGGAGAUCAUCUACCUGCUAACGGGAGAGGAUUAUGUUAUCGUGAAGAAAGCCGGCGAGGACGACGCGAAGCUCAGCGGUCCGUGCGUGCUGGACAGGCGCCGCAGGGCCCGGGGCUCCGACGCAGGGGCCCCGUCUCACUCGCCGCUACUUGAGACGAACAACGACCGGAUCCUGGAACUGACCAGCAAAAUCAUUCAUCCUCUGACCGGAGAGUAUUUGGAAGGCGGCCAGGAUAUUUACAAGGACAGCGUGAGGAAAAGCCAGCUUCUCAGCUCACCAAGUCGCUCGGACGAAGAAGUAAGCGAUGCCAAAGAUAAUCCAGAAAAAAAGCACUUAAAAACAAACAAACCGCGGAGGAGACAGAGUAGACCUUGCAGAAUCACGGCAUCAGCUACAGCCUCCUUUGAAGGAGGCAUCGACACGGACACUAACGUGUACACGCAUGCAGAAAGUCCACACGCAGAAUAUACCCGUGUCCACGUUAAAGAGGAAACCACCUCCUGCGGGGAUCGGAAUCUCGAGGCCGGAGCCGACUGUACCCCCGCCGAGGGGCCGGAGACGGAAUACACCACCUUCCACGUUAAGGAGGAAUCCGACGUCUGCGAGAAAGGAAACCUCAGCGACUCUGAGACCUACGGACCCCCAGAGUCCACAGCAACGGAGUUCACAACGGUUCAGGUCAAGGAGGAGGGGCCCGACGGAAACCUCACCGGUACGGACAUGUUCGCGUCUACGGGACACGGUCAGGUGCCAUGUAGCGCCAACGCGAACGAACCCAACCAAGGGGGCGGAGACGAGGCGCACAGCGGCCUGACGGUCGUGAAAUUCGUGGAGUGCGAUAUAAGCAUCCACAAGAUGGCCGCCUAUAUAGCGCACCAGCAUACGCACAGCCCCCCGCGGAUGUACCACUGCUCCGACUGCCAGAAAUCUUUCACCACCAGCUCCAACCUGGCCAGGCACCAGGCCUCCCACAUCGUAAAGAAGCUGUCCUGCUCGUACUGCGGCAAGUACUUCUCCUACAAGUCCAAGCUGGAGACGCACGAGCGCAUCCACACGGGCGAGCGGCCCUUCUCGUGCUCCGAGUGCGGCAAGCGCUUCACGGACAAAUCGAGCCUCGUGCAGCACGAGCGGAUUCACAGAGGGGAGAAGCCCUUCACGUGUUUCAAGUGCGGGAGAUCCUUCACCCAAAGCUCGCAGCUCAUCAGACACCAGAGAACUCACGUGGGAGCCAAGAUUCACACGGGGGAGAAGCCGUUCUCCUGCUCGGAAUGCGGAAAGAGCUUCAGCGACAAGUCCAACCUCCUAAAACAUCGCAAGUUCCACGCCAGGGACGGACCUUUCGCGUGCGGCCAGUGCGGGAAGCCCUUCUCCUACAAAUCGGAUCUGGUCACGCAUCAGAGGGUCCACACGGGAGACAAGCCCUUCUCCUGUUCCGAAUGCGGGAAGAGCUUCUACCAGAACUCGCACGUGGUGGAACACCAGAAGAUCCACAGAGGGGAGAAGCCCUUCUCGUGCUCCGAGUGCGGGAAACGCUUCACCCGCAGCUCGCACCUGGCCCAGCAUCAGAUGAUCCACACCGGCGAGAAGCCCUUCUCGUGCUCCGAGUGCGGAAAAUCCUUCAACGACAAGUCCAAUCUCCUCAAACACCAAAGGCUCCAUGCGAGGUGCCGGAUUUCAGGGUCGGAACGGGGGAAUACUCCAUCGACCAUGGAGGAGGAAGCGCUGUCACGUUCUAAGUUCUAGGUGAUGCUUGUGUCUGGUUGAAGGGACAGUACCGUGGACGUUGUAGACUCAACUAGAAGGGCAGCCUUCCUUUAAACGUUGAAUAUUUAUACAUUUUAGAAUAUGUAUUUAUUGGACGCUCACGUUCUGUUACAUGAAGAAGGAGAAGCCAAUCAUUGAAGGUGCUGUUCCACCUAGGGGACAUCUUAAAAUAACCGCAGACAGGUUCUUCA